CAAACAAUUGAUUUGCAAAUUCUUGUUUAUGGAGUCGGUUCUUUUGUAUUGUUCCAGUUACGUUGCUUUGCCUACUAACCCCUCCAUAGAUUGAAAUUCGGGGUGCAAAAGAAUAUUCUACAAGUCGUAUGAUCAAACCAUGUGGCUGGCUGUCUCGUUGGCUUCUUCAUUUUCGCAACCCAAAAGAGGUCUCUUACAACUUUCCUCAGGAAUAGAAUUCACAAGACCCGACUUCAGAGGAUCCUUUGUUGUUGUUUCUACACUUCCUCUCUAUACCCAACUCUUAGAUUAAAACUUUGAAAUCUGAAUCUUCAAGAAACUUAUUUGAAGCUCAAGAAAUCAUAGGGAAUAUGGAUAAGAUGACGGGUACCAUGGCAACCUCUGCAACAACGACAACGGGGUCUGUCGGGUCAUCUUCAUUUUUCACUAAUUAUCCCCUUAUGUCUGCUCUCAUUGCCUUUGCUCUCGCCCAAUCCACCAAGCUCUUCACUUCAUGGUACAAGGAAAGACGAUGGGAUCUUAAGCAACUUGUUGGAUCUGGUGGAAUGCCAUCAUCCCAUUCAUCAACUGUAACUGCCCUAGCUGUGGCUGUUGGUUUGCAGGAGGGCUUCGGGGGACCGCUCUUUGCUUGUGCAUUAGUUUUAGCUUGUGUGGUCAUGUAUGAUGCCACGGGUGUAAGAUUACAUGCUGGACGUCAGGCAGAGGUCCUGAAUCAAAUUUUAUAUGAACUUCCUACUGAACAUCCUCUUGCAGAUAGCAGACCAUUACGAGAACUCCUUGGUCACACUCCUCCUCAGGUUGUAGCUGGUGGAAUAUUGGGAUUGACGACUGCAACGGCUAUUCAUUUUAUCACAGGUUCAGGACAUCAAGCAUGACAUUAAAGAAGCUGUUGCUUACUAUGUUACAGUCAGUGAAAUACGACAUUUGUGAUAUCAGGCCAAAAGUUGCAGAUAUCUCAUUUCACCUCUGAAUUGCGCUGGAUGGUAUUGACUGCAGUGGUGCACAUUUAGUAUUUCAGAUAACUCAUUGCCUCCUAACAGGUUCAGAAGAAGCGCUAAUAUUCAUUUAGGAGUUUAUACACUUUACACUAUGCAGAUAAAUAUUAUCUACAAUGAACUGCAACCUUAACUUAAGCAGCACACUUUUCAGGAAAGUGGUUACAGUGUGUUUUCCAUCUCUGUUUAUGUUUCUCUAUAUUACCUCAAUUACUCA